UUCCCCUUCUCCUUCUCACUCACACUCCUUUCAAUCAACCUCGGCUCGGCGGCAGAACAGGAGGGAUGAUGCAUAGUCUUGUAUCUUCCUCCAGAUUCAUCUGAGGGCAUUAUUCAUGUUGAAAAGCAUUAAGUCGUAUUUCUUCGCGGGAGCUGAAGAAGAUAAAAAACCAGAGAAAGCCAUCAUGACACCAUCAGAUGCAAGGCAGAUUGUCCAAUUUCAAGGGAGUGAUGAUCAGCACAGCACAGAAAUUGUCAGCUCUGAUGUAGUUAUCAUUCCCAGUGCUGGAAAUCACGAUAAAAGCAGCUCUCAUGUUAAGACCAACAAUAUUGUAGAUCACAGCUGGGAUGUCCGAUUUUACAAAGGACAGCUCCUAGCGGUCCAUCUUUCGGGGAAGUUUAUUGCAUUUGGCAUUCAAGUUGUUUCCAAAAGUGAAAGCAUGGUGCGAAUCGUCAACCGUCAAAAUAACCAUCGAUACCUUUGCAAAGGUAUCACUGGAGUUGUUCAGGAUAUUUCGUUUGCUCACAUAGCGUCCCAAGUUGUUCUUGGAAUUGUUGAUGAAGCUGGAACCCUGUUUGUGUACCGAAUUGAAGACACGCUGAAUGCACUACAAACCAAGUUAAUUUUACAUGUGUCUCAAAAUAUUGAUCCUAAGCCAACAGGCUUGAUUCAUCGUCUAGUUUGGUGUCCAUUCAUACCUGAAGAUGAUGGGGACACCUCAAAUCCAGAGGAUGAAGAAGUGGCAAACAUGCUAGUCGUGACUCAUGGUCCCAAGGCGCAAAUAUGGAAUGUAGAAAUGGUGACUAAGAAGUAUGGAACAGAUAAAGAACUUCGUCCUGAUGACAUUAAGGAGGGAAUGCUCUCCUUGAACCACCAUGAGCUAGACAUUGUUGAUGUUGCAUUUUCACCUGAUGGUACUGCUUUAGCAACAGCCAGCUUGGAUGGAUAUGUUAAAUUUUUCCAGGUCUACAUGCAAGGCUCAGAAGAGCCUCGUUGUCUUCAUAUGUGGCAACCACAUGAUGGAAAACCACUGUCGUCGCUAUUUUUCCUUGAUAACCAUCGAUCUCACUCAGCAGCUGCAGACACUCAAUUUUGGAAGUAUGUUGUGACUGGAUCAGAUAAUAAUUCUGAACUAAAAAUUUGGUCAUGCGAGACCUGGUCCUGCCUACAGACUAUAUGUUUUGCUUCUAAUCGAUCUUCACCCUUACCGGGAACUAUCAGUUUGAAAGCUGGUAUUGAUCUGUCUGGUGACUUUAUAAUGCUCUCUGAUAUUAACAAUAGGGUUCUAUAUGUCCUUCAACUUGAAAAAGAUGUGCAGACAGAUUUAGCACGAGUUUGCGCUGUUUCUGAGUUUCUUUUGCCCAAUCCAAUCCUUAGUUUUGGAAUUGUCGAUGCUGGGAUUCGAAGCGUAAAAAGUCAUCAUGAUGUUACAAGCAAUUUGGAGACAGCCCUCAUGGAUAACAAUGAUGAGGACAAUGAUGAUGCAGGGGAAGAAGACGAUGAAGAGAAGUCACUGAAAGUGGUUGUCAGAAUGUAUGUUGUGCACCCUAAAUCUCUGAGAGGCUGCAUUAUUUCAUUUGAUCCUCCCGAAGAAGCCAAGAAGACAAUGAGCAUAUUUUCAGAAGAUACUCUAGGGAAGGAAUCUCCUGGUGGGUUUUCACCUCAGUUAUUCAAAGCCUUUGCAGAAGGACUCUCUGACGUCUCCGAAAACUGCAAGGAGAAGAUCAUUAGCAAUCAAAGCUCUGUGACAUCGACUUUGGCUUUGGCAGUUACAGAUAGUACUAAUAAUGUGACACCAUUGCCCGAACUUCGUCAAUCUUCAGAACCCAAGUGCCUAAGUAAUCUGAUGACUCCUGACGAUUUUAGUUCUUCAAAUGAAAAAAGCGAUACAGAUGGCACACAGAAGAGUCCUCUGUUGCCAGUGAGCGAGCACUUAGGUCAACUACCUGCUGAGAAAUCCAAAAAGCAAGCUGAAUCUUCAUCCAAACUUGAAGCUGCAAAUCUGAGAGCUUUGAAGACGAAAGGAAAAAGCAAUGGAAAAGCCAUGUCUGACACUUGCCUCACAAGGAAGCGAGAGCCCACAGCAAGUGGUGGAAGCAGUCCUAGUCGAGAAGUUGAGGAAAUUUUGUCUCAUGGUAGCUCUGAUGGGAUACUUUUCAACUUUCCAAAUUCAGGUGUUCCUGAAGACCCUUCAAUUAUCAAGGUUGAAACCAGUAUUGGGUCAAUACCGGGGCCCAUCCCUAUUCCAGUAACUGAAUCGAACAUUAUCCUUCCUGCCAUGUCGGCACCACAGUUGCCCUUGUCUCUGCCUACCCCGUUACAAGCAACAUCCAUUGCUAGUACUACUAGUGCUCUUCAAGCAGUUGUUGCUGCAGCACAAGAGAAGCAACCAGUAAUGGUCAGUGCUGAGCAGCUUGAGAAGCAACAGACAACAUGGAGCAGAGUUGACUUGCUUCUAGAAACUCUCCAACAGCAGCAAGUUGAAAUCAAGAGUUUAAGACAAGAAGUCAGUGCACUGCGGCUUAGUCAGACUGCACCUGUUGAACCUCACUUUGGCGAUAAAAUACAAGGUCUUCUUCUGGCUCAACAAAAGCAAUUGGAAAUGAGCAUCCAGAAUGCUAUUCAGAAUGCUCUCCAAAAUUCUGUCCAAAAUCUACUGCGCGCUAGGGAUCAACAGGAGAACCAGCGACAAGAAGCUUUAAUGUCAGUGAUAUCCCAGUCCAUUAGUAAUAUAAUAACUACUCAACUCCCUGUACUCAUAUCUCAAGAAAUACAAUCUGAGGUUGUGCCAGUUGUUAGAAGCCAUGUACAACAAAUGAAGCAGCAAGUGGCCACUGAGGUUGCCACCAAACUUGCAGCUACAGACCAACUGAUGAAAGAUAACUUGGCUAAGUUGGUUACUAAUAAGUCUUUUGUGGAUAUGCUUAACCAAUCCUUACUUGUGAUGGCUCAGCCUGCACUUCAAAGUCUUUACAAAGAAUCAUUUGGUACUUUAGUCCCUGGUAUGGAAAAGGUUACUCAGAGCAUGUUUCAUCAGAUAAAUAAUUCUUUCUCCAAAGGAACUCAAGAAUACAUGCAGUAUGUUGAUGGAACUGUAGAAAAGCAGCGCAGACAAACUGAUAGAGCCCAAGAAAUGCUGAUUCAGCUCCAGUCUGUCGCCGAAUCUAUGCAGGUUGCUCAUGAACAACAAACAUUAUUGCUUAACAAUACUCUUGAAAAUCAACUACAAAGGCUUCAAAAUAGUCUUCAUGAUAAAUUAAGCAAGAGUAUCAGUGAGACUGUUAAAGGAAAUCUUGCUCAAGGAUUCAAGCAACAGAAGGCAGUCAUUGAGGAGAGUGUUUUGACAAGUCUUACAGCUGUGCGUUCUCGUGCUGUUAGCCCUGCGCACUCGGUCAGUGACUAUGCGAGUAUGGAAAGACGGAUACUAAAUUGCAUCCAGGAAAGAGAUUUUAAUUCAGCUUUCCAGCAGGCUUUAUCAGCAUCAAGUAUUGCACUUGUUCUCACCGUCUGUGAACGGGUUGACCCACAAGAGUUGUUCUCUAGUCAGCCAUUCCCCUUGAAACAAAAUGUUCUGUUAUCAUUGAUUCAGCAGCUUUCCAUUGACCUGAACGAUCAUACAGAGCUGAAAAGGAGGUACUUGGAAGAGGCUGUAAUGGGUUUAGAUGCUAAUGAUGCUGAUGUACGUAAGCAUAUGUAUAUCAUAAGCAAACUGCAGGAACAAUUGAUGGCAUACGUAAAUGCUCAUCCUGGGUCUGGCUUGAGUCGACAAAUGAAAAUGUUGUACAUGGCUACUUCAAAUUUGGUUCAUUCACCAACUUCGCCUUAAGACCGUUCUGAGUCUCCACAUCUGAUUCAGUGGACAUCUUUAGUUCGGUUUCUGGUGUACUAUGGAAUUUUGUAAAAUGAUCUCUUAAUUGAUAAAUUUAUUGGCUGAGAUCUUGUGACUUACAAUAAUCAUUGUUACUGUAUUUUAUCUAUAAAUAUUAUUUUCUCUACUUUUUACCUUACUUAUGUAAUUGAGGAAAAGCAAGAAUACUUGUAAUUAGUUACAUUUUCCUUUCUCCUCCGAUGGUUCCCCAAUUGUAUUUGUACAGGCACCACCAUAAAUGGUGACAAUGACCUUUUCUGUUCAAGGAAACUUGCAGCUUUUGCUGUUAAAAAGUAUUUUAAGUUCUCCCUUGCUUGAUGUUUUAAAUUUUGAAUAUCAUAUCUGUAUUGACUUCAUUGUUUUAGCAUUGAAAUGGGUAAUUUAAAUCUUGUCAUUCUGGGAGGAGCUCCCAUUUCCUUCAAAACUAAAUUUUGUUUUACUUUUUCA